AUUAGAUUGUUGGAACUCUCUUAUCAAGGGACUGAUUGAUUGAUUGAUAGUUUGUUGCUGCUAUCACAACGUUAUCUGAUCAGGGGGCAGUACAGACAAGAGUGCACUGUGAGUAACAUCAAUCCCAGCACUUUCCUUCAGCAAUAUCCGUAUAAGUCAGGAGCCCCACGCCUCAGAACUGCUGCCAAGACCGGGGAAGCAGAAGGGAAAAUGUACAACCGUCAGCCAGCACCCCAGAAUGAUGUUGAACUUGGGCCAAAAUUCAGUGGCGUGGGCCUUGGCAGUGACCCAGAGAACCCCCCUCACUACACUAUGAACCCAGAACACCAUGCUAAAGGUAACAGCCAACAUCCAGUAUCAGACGAACCAGAAAAUCAUGAAGUGUUCGGUAAACCAAAGAAAACAGCAAGAAAUACUCCUCCACAUCCGUCACAGAAACCAUUCGAAGGCAUCGACAAUCGUGGCUAUGCCCAUGGGGUCGAGGAUGUUUUGGGCAGCCCUGGUGAGGCCUCGAGGGACCCUCGCCUCGGUGGUCCUCAUGCUGGCUCUCCUCACGUCACAGUCAAGACAUCAUUGCCAACUUUCUCAGAAAAUUUUUACUUUGAAUACACAGAUGCACCAAAGAGUCAAGCUGCUCAGAAUGUGAUGCACAAUAAUAUAACAACAGUCAAAGAAUGCCCUCCACCCCUGGCGACGUCGGCAUAUGGAGCACGCCUGGAUCCUGCAUUGAAAGCUAUUAACAAGGCAUUUGGGGAACUCUUUGCCUUGUUUACCUUCCCCUUCACCUGCCUUAUUCUGUUUCUGCACCAUCUGAUGAGACUCAUUCUUCAAGGUGUGGUGAGGCCUCUCGUUGUUGACUCUGUGAUGCUGGUGAUUGAGUACAUUGUCCACCCCUUCACCAGUGGGAUAGUGCUUCCUCUCUGGAUUACUGUACACACUAUCCUGGAAGGCAUAUCUAACACCCAGAUGAUGCUUAUACGUCCCGUCGUUGCUAUUCUGCGGGCAAUAAGGCUGAUGGAUAUUAACUGUACACGUAGAAGCCAAGUAGAGACGGUCUAAUAUGUAGUGUGGAUUCUUUUGACAAUUUUAUUUUGAAAGCUGAUUUUAGAAAAUUAAUCUGUCACUAAACUGGUGCAAACUAAAGCCUUUGAAUUGAGGUAAGUACUUAUUUUAUUUUAUAUAUAUAUGAAAAAUUGAUUGAUUGAUUGAUUGAUAGUUUAUUGUUGCAAGUCAACAACAAAGGAGAAGGGAGGAGGAUACCAUCCCAACCCCCAGGCAGUACAGAGUGUGAUUAUACAACUAAGGAUACAUGUGUAAGUAGCACCAGGAAACUAAAAAGAUACAAUGGUAGGGGACAAAUAUAUGAUGAGGCUGCAGGCCCCGGGCAUUCAGGAGGCCCCCAAUGAUAGCAAAUUAAAUCAAUGAAGAAAUAAAUAAAAAUAAUGUGUAAUAAAAUACAAUAAUUAAAAAGAGUCUAAGAAUGGUGAUAUGCUGAAAGCAACCACAACUCAACACUAUUAUAGUCAGCAGGAUUUGGUGACUUGUUACAUUAGGCUUUUUAUACGUGUACUUACUCAAUCAGCAUUUUUAAUGACUUCAAACAAGUACUUGUCCGACACAUGUAUAAAUCUUUGUUACCGAUGCUCCUGGGAGAACAAAUAGAAUAACACAUGAUGUAGAGCUUGAGAGUGUGUGUCCCAUUAAACAACAUCCUUACAGAGUUAAUCCAAAGAAGAGAGAGGCAAUGAGGAAGGAAAUUGAUUAUAUGUUAAAACAUGAUUUAAUUGAGCCCAGCAACAGCCCUUGGAGUUCACCAUGUGUGUUGGUACCUAAGCCGGGAGAGGGAACUUACAGAUUUUGCACAGAUUACAAGAAGGUAAAUAGUGUAACCAAGGCUGACUCUUAUCCUGUUCCCAGAAUAGAUGACUGUAUUGAUAACAUAGGGAGUGCAAACUAUGUAACCAAGAUUGAUUUGUUGAAAGGGUACUGGCAAGUAGGACUGACCGAGAGGGCUAAGGCUAUCUCAGCUUUUGUAACAAUGAAUGGUGUGUACCAAUAUAGUUUUACCUUUUGGAAUGAAGAACAGCAGUAGCUGCGUUCAGAGGCUUGCCAAUGAGGUAUUGAAGGAGGUGAAAGGUUGUUCGGUGUUCAUUGAUGAUAUUUUGCUGUAUUUCGAGCCUCUGAGGAGUGGGCGGAGCAUGUAUCUUUGUUGAAAGAGGUAUUUAAGAGAUUGGAUGAUGCAAAUCUUGCUGUUAACCUAAAGAAAAGUGAGCUUGCCAAGGCACAUGUGGAUUAUCUAGGCUAUCAGGUAGGACAAGGAAAGGUGCGCCCUGUGUAUGCAAAGGUGGCACCCAUUGUAAACUUUCCUUCUCCUACGACCAGAAAAGAACUCUUACGUUUCCUGGGGAUGGCUGGUUAUUACAGGAGAUUCUAUUGUAAUUUUUCAGUGGUUGCUUUGCCAAUGACAAGAUUGCUGUCAAAGAAAGAUAAAUUUAUUUGCAGUGAGCACUGUGAGAAAUCUUUUGGAAGAUAAAACAAUUGCUGAUUAGUGCACCUGGACUAGUGACACCUGAUUGUAGCAAACCUUUUAAGUUGUAUGUAGAUGCUAAUGCAAGAACAGGGAGGAGCUGAUCAUCCAGUGGGGUAGUAUUCAAGGAAAUUGUUGCAAUAUCAAAGAUCUUACAGUACUGUUGAGAAAGAGGCGUUAGGCUUGCUGAUGAGUCUGAAUCAUUUCGAUGAGUAGGUAUGUCAGGGGGACAGGUAGAUUUCUUGAAGUGUUUACAGACCACAACCCCUUGGUGUUCUUGCACAGGAUGAAAAAUACAAACCAGAGAUUAAUGAGGUGGUGUUUAUUAUUGCAAGACUAUGAUUUGGUGAUCAAACAUGUAGGGGGGAGAGAUAAUGUCUUUUUCCCAUCGUGCAGAUGUUUUGAACUGUGGCUAUUGCGUGAUGGAUUUGUGAUAAUUGUAGUUAUUCUUGGUCAAGUUUAUAGUGAUUGGAUAAACAUUAUUUGCAUAGAAAUUUUGUGGUAUUCAUUAUAUCAGAACAAAAGUUUGAUUCUCUUUACAGUUAGCUUACAAGAAUUCACUUAUUUCCACUGGAAGCAAGUGAAACGAAGGAACAGCGUCUAUACAUGCUGUCACUCAUGCAUGUAGGCUACACGAGACCGGUAUUUGCGGAAGCUAGACUUUGAAGAUGCAGUAAGAGAUUUUGCAAAUCAGAAAGCUCAGAAAGUGAAGCUCCUCUGGUGGGCAGGAACUUGCGUAGUUAUGCAACACUGACCUUAGGUUUUAUUUAGAUAUUAGUUCGUAUAAUCUUAUUUUUUGUAUGUAAGGAAAAUACAAUAGUAACAAAUCAGUAAUACAUUCUUCAUAUUGAGUUUGUUAUGAAAAUAUAUACAAUGAUUAUGAGUAUUUUCAUACAGACAUGAAGCAGAGUUUAUAAAAUGCAACUGAUGCCAUUGAUUUCCUAUAACUACUGACUAAGUCAUUUGUACACCUGGUAUGAAUAUAUGAAUUAUACAAUAAAUAUAUUCAUUGUCCUCUAUUGGUCAAGUUUGUGAUCAAAUUUACCUCUUUAUGAAUACAAUAUGAUAAAGUAUAACAACAAAUCAAUCAUUUCAAUAUAAAUCAAACAACACCUGCCCCUACGUAUGAUGUCAAUUACUAUAGUUCACUUUGAACAUGUACUAAAAUGAAAUAUGAGAAACAUAUACAUGUAGCCUACUAUAUGAAAAGGGCCCUUAAUUUGGCUUGAAAUAGCCUCGGACCCCAGGUGCUACUAAACAGCACCUGACACACACACACACACACACACACACACACUGACACAAAGGAGUACUGUUUUCCUCAUAAAUGUUGGGAAUUAAUUAAAAAAAAUACGCGGUGGAGGCAGGGAGUGUAUAGUCUUCUCGAGCUUGGGUGGCGAGAGUGGGCUUACUCAUCCCCCCCCUCCCCCUUGGAAGGCUUGGGAUUGGCUUUGGGUGGGUGCGGCUUGGCCAAUGGGAAGGUCUAAGAAAGGAAGUAAUUUUUUGCUACCCACGCUACUUAAUUCCUAUUCUCUCUCUCUCUCUCUCUCUCUCUCUCUCUCUCUCUCUCUCUCUCUCUGUGCCUAGUCCUUCAAGUUGGAACAAGGAAUAAGAAGUUCCAUUACGAAAUGCGCGGCAUUAAACUCAAAAGCGUUCAGUGCGUUAAGGACUUAAUUGGGGGUCAAAAUCGCGUCAAACCUCAAAUUCUCACAGCAAUGCAUCGAUGCAGCAAAUAAAGCGAACAGAAUGUUGGGCUUCAUUAAAAGAAACUUUUUAUUCAAGAAUAAAAAUGUAAUACUUCCGCUCUACAAUAGUUUAGUCAGACCCCACUUGGAAUAUGCGGUACAGUUUUGGUCUCCCCACCAUGCAAAGGACAUUGCUAAAUUAGAAGGUGUUCAGCGUCAGGCAACAAAAAUGAUCCCUUCUUUGCGCAACAAAUCUUACGAAGAAAGGCUUUCCACCCUUAACAUGUUCUCUCUUGAGAAACGUCGCCUCCGAGGAAAACUGAUCGAAUGUUUUAAAAUACUUAAUAAUGGUUUCACGAAUGUAGACAGAUCAACAUUGUUUAUGAUCGAAGACACUAUGCGUACGAGGAACAAUGGCGUAAAACUCAAAUGUAGACAAGUAAAUUCAGACUGCACCAAAUUUUUCUUCACCAACGUUGUAGUGCGAGAAUGGAAUAAGCUUCCACCGUCAGUUGUCAGUGACGAGGUACCACAGAAGUUACAGGAAUAUGCGAGGACUGACUACCAUCAAGAACAACUGUUGCUUGCGGGUAGUCAAAAACGUGUUAAUCCAGUUAGAAAGUUAAUUGUCCUCGUAUGCCAUAGAAUUCUAAUUUAGCUAACAGUCUUUGGUGGGGAACUUAAUUGUCGAAGGCUUUGGCAAAGUCAACUAUUAUGGCGUCAAAUUGUCUAAUUUUUGGGUUGUUAAGGGUCUGCAAAAUGUCGUGUGUGCAUGGUCACAAAUUAAGUAAUUGAGUCUCCCACGAACGUUUAUUUUGGGCCGCAAGCCGUGCAGACUGUUAUGAAGUCAGUAUAUAUGUAUGUUUUGCCUCUCAAAGUGGUCCAUUAUAUGUCUAUGAAUUAUAUGAUCUAGAAUUUUGCCAGGAACUGAGAUAAGCCAAAUAGGUCUAUAGAAUUAGCAGGGAGGGUUCUGUCUCCGGAUUUGAUUGAUUGAUUGAUAGUUUAUUGUUGCAGGUAAACAACAAGGGAGAAGUAAAAAUUGGUGUCACAUUUGCCAAAAGCUCAUUCUCCAGUUUCUGUCCUGCCUGGGGGUUGGGAUGGCAUGUUCCUCCCUUCUCCUUUGUUGUUUACCUGCAACAAUAAACUAUCAAUCAGCAUCCUGCAGGGUAUUAUUAUCUGGUCCAGUCGCUUUACUUGUCAGUGUCAACCUCUAAAGAUUGGUGAAGCUGGCGAAAGUGUUUCUCGCUCAGUGCUGGGAAAAAAGGGCACAAAUAAGUGAAAAUAAGUUACUUUAUUACAGUUAGAAAAGUUACGCAAUACUGAAAAGGAGAGUGUGAAUAAGAGGAAAAGAGAAACGAGAGGAGGGUUAAGAAGCGAUACAGCCGGGGAGAAAUCUCAAGCCACAUGUGACAUCAAGAUCAAGAUCACAGGUGGGCGGCGUGCAGAGUCCAGGUGGUCUGCUCAUACUGUUGGUGGGUCAGCAGUGUAUCUAGUCAGGGCUGAAGAUGAACAGAAGAAGAAACAAAGAGGAGGAGGAUUCAGGGUCAGACUGGGACAGCAUGUCGGAAAUUGGUCCACCUCCAUCGUUGAAGCACGGACCACAGGCUAAUGGUCCUUCUGCACAGAGUUUGCCGCCCAUCCAGCCCAGGGAGAGGACAGCUAUGCAUGUUGAACCCCAAGUGGAUGUGAUGCCGGCCAAGGAGAACCCGCCCUAUAAUUUUAAGGCAGAAGUCAGGAGCCCCACGCAUGCUUCUGGACCUUUGCCAAAACCAGGGAAGCAGAAGAAAGGGAAAAUGUACGACCCUCCACCAGCAUCGCAGAAACAUGUUACUUUUGUUGGGAGUCAAGGGGUGAGAUUCAAUGGAGGGGGCCCUGACAGUGACUCAGAGGACCCCCUCUACUCCACCGUGAAGCCAAAACACAGAGCUGAAGGUAACGGCCAACAUCCAGUAUCAGCUGAACCAGACAAACGUGAAGUGUUCGGUAAACCAAAGAAAACAGCAAGAAAUACUCCUCCACAUCCCUCACAGAAACCAUUUGAAGGCAUCGACAAUCAUGGCUUUGUGGAAGAGGAUGUUUCGGGUAGCCUUGGUGGUCCUUGUGCCGGGUCUCCUCAAGUCACACUCAAGACACCGUUGCCAACUUUCUCAGAAAGUUACUUUGAUCACAUAAAUGCAUCGAAGAGUCAUGAUUCUCAGAUAGUGAUGAAAAAUAACAUAGCAACAACCAAAGAAUGCCCUCCACCCCUGAUAAUGUCGUCAGGGGAAGCGUUACUGGAGUCUGCAUGGAAGAGACCAGUGGAUGUUGCUAAUAGGGCACUUGGGGAAGUCUUUGCCCUCAUUACCCUUCCCUUCACCUGCCUUACCCUGUUUCUGCACCAUCUGAUAAGAUUCAUUCUUCAAGGUGUGGUGAGGCCCCUUGUAGUUGACUCCCUGAGGCUGGUGCUUGAGUACAUUGUCCAGCCCUUCACAAGUGGGGUGCUGAAGCCUCUCUUGGUCACUGUACACGUUGCCUCCGUGGGCUUGAGUGACACCGUGCUGGUGUGUGUGCGUCCCCUCAUUGCUCUCCUGCAGUCAGUAAGGCUGGUGGAGGUUCAUUAUACAAGUAGGUACUCAGUAGAGGAGGUCUGAUAUAGUAUGAAUUCUUUUACAUGAUAAUUUUGCCUUGAAAGAUUAUUUUAGAAAAUUCAUUUGCUACUUCAUUGGUACAAACUGAAGCCUUUGAAUUGAGGCAUAUACGUACUUUGUUUCCAAAAAAAAUAUUUAAAGUAUGUUGUGCAUAUACUUGAAUGCUGUAAGGAGGAAUUAUAAUUUUGAAGUUUUCUGUUUAAUAGGAUAGCUUUUCUGAGGAAAAAAACAAACAAUGAGGGCACAAACAGUGGAGACAAAGUAGAUAGUAAUAAAAAAGAAAAUCUCGCAUUUUUUACUCUGGUAAUGAAUAAUCUGCCGUCCAACAUAUGUACUUCGUACUUAUUAAUGUAGGCAUUUAUCAUAAGGUGAUCAUGGUGUGCCAUGACAUGAUGACAGUGAUACUAGUCAGCAUAUCUUCUCCAUCAUUGGCUUUCCAACUAUGUAUUUGCAUUUAUAUAUGACUGGCCCGGGAGGGACUGUGGCAGUUGGGUCAUGUAUCUCGAAGGGAAGUUGAAGAAUGCUGGCAAGUGAGUGUAGCACUGUGGGCCUGGAGAAAGAGGAGAGUCGACUGGAAGGCCUUGUAGAAGGUAUGGUAUGUAUAUGUAAUGGAAUUAAGGAUGUUAUAUUGAUUAACAUUUUGUAGGUUUCAAACAUGUUAGCAUGAAAAAGGGAAGUGGGCAGUAGAAUUUAUAGGUUUCACAGACCUGUAUGUGUGGCUGUGUGUGUGUGUGUGUGUGUGUGUGUGUGUGUGUAUUUCAGAAAGGGAUCUUUUUUUAUUAUUAUUAUUAUUAUUAUUAUUAUUAUUAUUAUUAUUAUUAUUAUUAUUAUUAUUAUUAUUAUUAUUAUUAUUAUUAUUAUCAGUAAUUUGCUCUUGUUCAGUUGAAUGUUGAUGUAAAGGUCGAUAUCAUGACCAUAAUAGUCAAGCCUUGAUCUAGUCAGUCUUAAUUGAUUCUAGUCAUUCUCACUUCCCUGCUUGCCCGUCGUCAGUUAACCCGGUAGCAGCGACGGGCCAAAUUUGUGGCUUUACCGUGUAGCAGCGACGGGCCAAAUUUGUGCCAUGAUAUAAACCCCCCAAAAUAGAUGAUACAUAAUCUGAUCACAAAUGUUUUGAUAUAUAUUAUAAAAUGGUUUGUUUGAGGGGUGAUUUUUUCUCAUUUUUCUCGCUUAGAGGGACCAUUAAGAAACAUGAUCCCCGCUGCUACCGGGUUAAGCAGGAAGAAGGGGGAUCUUAUGUAGGUGAAUUAUCACUUACAAACCACUCUCAUUAUCAAAAUACUAAAUGUCCUAUUGGUAUUUUGCUGGUAUAGAAUUAGUUUAAUAUUCAUUUUGUCAAGUAUUAAUGAAUUCUUUGGAAGAUUUGGGGCUUUAGAGAAACAAGUCAUGUGAUUAUUAUUAUUAUUGUUAUUAUUACUGUGUCAGGUGAAGGGGUCCAACCACAGGUAAAUUUGAUACAACACUACCACUUGUUUGUAGUGAAGGUCUUUAUAGGGGUUUUGUGCACCUUAUUAACUCUUACGGUAUUAGUAAUAAUAUGCAACACAACUGUUAGUGUACCUGUAGUCAUUAACAUAUACUUAAUUUUUUUACAUCAUAUAAAUUCAUGUAGAUCUGGGUGUAAACUUUGUACAACUAAAGCUUAAGAUGGUGGAGAAUGUUCUUUUAAGUAAUAUGAGGUUUGUGGCUGAAGUAAUGUAACUUUUGUAUAAGUCUAUUACUCUUUCCAGGAGCCUGUCAUUCCAGUCUAGUCUUGCAACCAUAAGUGCAUUUUAUUUGUACCAAUCACCAAAAUAAAGAAAAAGUUGGC